AAAUACAUAAACACAAUUACAAAUAAAAAAACCGUUUAGCUUAGUGUGCAAACCUGCCAUUGAAUUUGACCACUCUAUAUUUGACCAGUCUUGCUAAUAUCUGCCGUGCAAUUUGGAAUGCUGAAUGUGGCUCCCCAAUAGAAAAGUGUGGCAAUUUCUCCCAUUGGCCCACCUGUGCUCAUAGUGCCCGCCUGUGGCACUCGCCCACCCACCUGCAGCUCUUGCCCGCCAGCCUGCUUGGCUAGGACUCUGGUCAAGUGAGGUCUUCUCUUACAGACCGUGGUUUCUGAGUUACGACAGCAACUGUUGGAUUGCUGUUGCUCAGCGAUGCACUCACAUGGAUCACGCUUUGCGACCACAUUGCUUAGCGAUGGAAAUUGCCAUCAUGAUCUGAGGAUUACCUCAGUGUCUAAAUGGCGAUUCUGCCUUCAUUUUUAGCAACAUUCCAUGUGUGUAACAUGCGUACAACAUAUCUCUCAAUCUAAUUUUUAGUUUUUACAUAGGUUGGAUAUUUCAUUUCCCUGUUCAGGUGCCAUGGAAAAACUUGGUCUUGGUCCAGAUAUCCUCCUUCAGGAUAAUCCCAGACUCAUCUAUGCCAGGUUGACAGGAUUUGGUCAAUCAGGAAAAUACGCCAGUUUGGCAGGUCAUGAUAUCAACUAUUUGGCAAUAUCAGGUGUCUUGUCUAAACUUGGCAGAAAAAAUGAAAACCCUUAUGCUCCUGCCAAUAUUCUGGCUGAUUUUGCUGGCGGAGGAGUCUUAUGUGCAAUGGGUAUCAUCGUGGCCUUGUACGAACGUACAAAAUCUGGUAAAGGACAGAUCAUUGAUGCAAGCAUGGUAGAAGGUGUCGCGUACUUAAGUUCUUUUCUGUGGAAAUCUCAAAACUUGAGCUUCUGGAGCAGAGCACGCGGGGAGAACCUGUUGGACAGCGGGGCCCCAUUUUAUGAAACAUACGAGACCUCUGAUGGGAAAUUCAUGGCGGUCGGCGCACUGGAACCCCAUUUUUAUGAAAAGUUCAUCAGAGGUUUGGGACUGGAUCUUCAUAAACUUCCCAGUCAGAUGAGUUUCUCUCACUGGCCUGAAAUGAAGAAGAUGUUUGCAGAAGUAUUCAGGAAGAAAUCCCAAGCGGAAUGGUGUGAGGUCUUUGAUGAUACUGAUGCCUGUGUGACCCCAGUGGUGGCUUUUGAUGAAGCUGCCUUACAUCCACAUAACAAACAGCGUGGUUCUUUUAUUAAAAAUGAUCAGGGAGAAAUAAGUCCCAGACCAUCUCCCCUUUUGUCCAGAACUCCAGCUACACCUUCGCUCAAGAGGGAUCCUGUGGUAGGAGAACACACUGAAGAGGUUCUCCUGGAGAAUGGUUUUUCCAGGGAAGAGAUUUCACAGCUCCGUUCACUCCAAGUAAUUGAAUUAAAUCGUCCUAAAGCGAACUUGUAAUGUGAAACUCAGCGGAUCAAGAGUCUUUCUUGGGCAAAUCAUAUGCUUUAAUCUAGCAGGAUAUGUCCAAUUUCAUCUAAACCUUCUGAAGUUGCAUUCAUAAUUUGUUAUGCACUCUAAACAACCCUUUUAAAAUGAAUUCCUACAAAUACUCAGGGUUUGUAAUUUUGUACUGUAAUUACUGAAAGAUAGUGUUAAUAAAAUGUCUAUUGUGGUGGCAAAAACUCACCAUAAGAAAUAAGUCGUAGUGACUGCAGAGGUCCAAACUGGCCAGCAGGGAUCAGUGGACUUCUAGCCCAAGAGCUAAGAGUGCUGAAAGUUAUUGGAACAGAUCUUAGGUAGGGUUCCUGGAGAAGGGGCACAAAAAGUGAUCUUGUCAUGGGAAUAGUUUACAACUGGUGAGAAAUACAGAGGGGGC